AUCAUCGAAUGGUUUUUUUUUAACCUAUAAAAUUUUAAUCAAGUUUUAACUGUUUCUCAAUUUAUGUAAUAAAAUUUAGUUUUUGAUAAGAAAUAUUUAGGAGUGCCAUUUAAAGGACGUUUCGAUACAGGGAAAAAAUGGGUGAUUGUAAUGGCUUAACAGAUGCUGAAGCGAAAGCUUGCUGUGUAAAUCCAGAUCCAACGACAAAGGAUUUCAUAAUGCAACAAACAAUGUAUCGGAUAAAAGAUCCGAGAGAAUCUUUAAAAUUUUACACAAACGUUUUGGGAAUGCGUUUAUUACAAAAAUUAGAUUUUCCUGAAAUGAAAUUCACAAUUUAUUUUAUGGGAUACCAAAAUGCUGAAGAUAUUCCAACGGAUAAUGAAGAACGUACUAAAUGGACUUUAAGUCGUCAAGCUACAAUUGAAUUGACACAUAACUGGGGAACUGAAUCCAAUCCUGAUGUAAAAUAUCAUAAUGGAAAUUCUGAUCCACGUGGAUUUGGUCAUAUUGGUAUAAUGGUACCAGAUGUGGAGAAGGCUUGUGCACGAUUUGAAAGUUUGGGUGUGGAAUUUGUGAAAAAACCCCAAGAUGGUAAAAUGAAAGGAUUGGCGUUUAUUAAGGAUCCAGAUGGUUAUUGGAUUGAAAUAUUUAACGCUAAUUCCAUUGCUAAAAUGGUUAAUUAGAUGAUUGUUUUGUUCAUGAGUGGUACUAGUAUUAUUCUCAGAAUUAAUGCUCUACUAGGACUUUCAUCAAUACCGUAAUUUUUUUUUUGGAAUUGACGUUUCUUUGGAGACCACCUAUAUUAUUAUACGAGGGAAGAGUCUAUUUAACGAAAUUUUUCCCAUGAUUUUGUUAAUUGUUUAAGUAUAAAAGUUUAUAUUGUUAUAUUAUUAUAUACAU